AUGGACCCACCAGGGCCAGUCAAGCGGACAUUGACGCUCAAAAUCAACACUCAAUCCAAUGGCUCAUCUCAAGCAGGCAGGACGGGAUCACCGGCAGUUACACCUGGGCCUGGCCAUAACCUCUCUGCCGCCUCGCCACCUCCUCAGACACCGGGGGGCUCGCAGGGCCCUCGCAAGAUCAAGCUCAACGUCAAGGGCACAUCCUCACAACCACCAACACCAGCCGGGCCGAGACCGCCGUCGCAUUCCAACACUUCAUCUCAGCCGACACAACCACGGAUAUCAACAGGAAGCUCGGCUGCUCCCAACAUCUUCAUGUCCAAGCCCAAGACGGCAAGUAAAGUCUUCUUGAACGCGGCGGCGAGAAAGAGACAAAGAGAAGAGAGCGAAGCGGAGGACGGUCCGACAGCGAAUGGCAUUGGGGGAGAGUCAAGGCCCAAGAAGAUCACGCUUAAGCCACCUUCGGGCACAACCCCGGUUCAAACUCCGCUUCUAGCUCCCAAGGUUCGCCUAAAAUCGCAGGGUAAAAUACCAACGCGGCCGCUGGGGGAGGGUUACGAUUCGGAGGCCGAUGAUAGGGAAGUCGACCCAGUAAUUGAAGAGCAGCUGAUCUUGCGCAUGAUGCCUGGUGAGCACUGCGACUAUCUGCGGAAAGCCGUGGCUGAAAGGAAAGUGGGCGUUCCUAAACAUCUGGGUGGCGCCGAUGUUACAAUGAAGUUUCUGGAUGAAGAAGGACGGCGAGUAAUGUUUGUUAUCCAAGGGCAACCGUACGCCGCCAUUCUGGUCGAUCUACCCACAAUCACCGAGGGCAUGAAGACGUGGGACAAGAAAUCCAUGGUCAAGUCAGCCGACAUUUGCCAAAUGAUCCUUGUUUUUGCUAAGGUCAAAGACGAGGCGGAGGCCAAGUCGGUUCCUUUACCCAAGGCUGUCGAGCAUGGCCACAGAUGGCCCCAUGGUAUCACCCCGCCGAUGCAUGAUGCACGAAACCGGAGGUUUAGAAAACGCCUCAGCAAACUGGAAAUCCAGAACAAGGAAGCCGAGGUCGAGCGGUUGCUGGCAGCAGACAGGGAAGCCCUCAACUCCAGGUACGAGCUUGAUGGAGGCAUGGGAGGUGAAGAAGACCGACUAGAGGACUAUUUCGGGGACGCAAAUGUGCAGAACCAAGACGACGACAACCUGUUCGACGAUCUCGAGGCAGAAUUCGAAAACGCGGCAGACACACCUGCCGAAGCAAUGGACGCCAUGGACUUUGGCGCUGCCACGCCCACGGCGAUAGGCGGCGGCAUGGAUCUCCCCACACCCCCCACUGCCAACACGGGUACGCCUACCGCUGCACAAACCGAGGAGAGUGCGGCCGAAGCUGUCAGCGAGGAGGACGAAUCAGAUGAAGAUGACGAGGAUGAUGAGGGUGACAUGGACGAUGACGGCGAUGAAGAGCGCCAUGAUGAGGUGGCGGGAGUCAAGGCUGAGAUUGCCACACUGAGGAAGCAGCUGGCCUCGUACGAGGAGCAGUUGUCCAAGGCAAUAAGCAUUAUCAUGAAGAAACGUCUGGAAGGCAGCAUCAAGAACAUCAAGUCGGAGAUUAAACUUAAGCAAUCUUCGAUUGGUGAGGUGUCCGAGGAAGACUGA